AUGGAGAAUGAUCAAAUUAAUAGUUUAGAUAAUAGUGGUAGUGAAGUUUCAAGUAAUGAGGAAGAUUAUUAUAGUGCAGAAAGCGAUAUAGAAAUAAACAAUAAAAACAGAAACUAUGAUAAUUUUCAAGACAAUGAAGAUUUUAUAAUAGAUUAUAAAGGAAAUCAAAAUAAUAAACUUCAAGAUGAUAGUAGUGAUCAAGGGGAAGAAGAAGAAGAAUAUCAAGAGAGUGAAGAGGAUGAAUAUAGUUAUAAUAAUAAUAAUUAUAAUAUCGGAUAUAAUAUAGGCCAUAAUAGAGAAGUCGAUGGUCAACCUAAAUCAAAACAAAAUAUUAUCGAAUUCGAUAUGAAUGAUUAUCCUAAUGAUGAAGGUGAUACAGAAGGUUUUUAUGAUGAAAGUGUAUAUAGCAAUGAAGAAGAUAGCAACGAUGAAAGUAGUGACGAGGAGAUUAACAUUGAAAAUCAAAAUGAUAGCGAGGAUAACGAAAGCGAUAUGGAGUCGGAUGACUAUGACCAAUUAUGUUUAGAAGAAGAGGAGUUGGAAGAGCUUGAAAAGCAAGAGCAAACAAAAAUAGAAGACCCAGUUAUAUAUAAAAACGAAAGUGAAAAAAACAAAUCUAUUAUAUACGAAUCGCUAUACAAAAGAUUAUUAAAAAGAGAUUACUCUAGAUACCAAUCAUCAUCAGAAACAUUAAAAAAACAUAAAGUUAAUAGCGACAAUAAUAGUAGUACUAAUGAUUAUAAUAGCAAUAGUAAAGAUUUAUAUAUAUAUGCAAACAACCAUAACAAUUCUAAUAACUAUAAUGAUAAUAAUAAUGUAAAUAUAAUAUUUAAUAGUUCAAACUAUAGUAUCAAUAAAGAAAAUAAUAAUAGUAGCAACCAUGCUAAUCUAGAUACUGAAGAUGAAAAUCAAAAAAAUAAUAAACUUGUAUCAACUAUAAACAGUAAUAGUAAUAACGACAAGUCUAUACAAAGAAGAUUUAGAGAGCUUAGAAAAGGUGUUAUAAUAGAUCCAGUCGAUCCAACCAUCAAAAAUAGUUUUCAAACUUUUUUAAUCGAAAGAGAACUAAGUAAAAAAGCGGCUGCAGCUGCGGCAGUUUCAAUGGAUAAAGGCAAAAAGAAAAUGAAAAGUAUGUACAAUAUUGAAAGCGAUGAAGAAGAAAAUGAACUAAGCAAUGUCAAAAACAAUAAAACUGAUAAUGAAAAUAACAAUAACAAUAACGACAAUAAUAAUAACGACAAUAAUAAUAAUAACGACAACGACAAUAGUAUAAUUUCAAUCGAGCCAUUUACAAAAUCACUAUCAUCAUUACAAUUUCAAAAUUUUUAUGAAAUAAUAAAUAAAAAAAUAGAAGGUUCACUUAAUUGGGAAACUUUAGAUUUAGAAAAUAAAUUAACUAAAAAUAAUAUAAGUAAUAAUAACAAUAGUACCAACAAUAACAAUAACAAUAAUAAUAAUAGUAAUAAUAGGAUUUAUAAAUUUAGUAAAAAAGAAAAGGAAAUUAUUUAUUAUUUUAUUAUUUACUAUUCAAGUUUAGUAUUUAAAAAACCCGAAAUACUAUGGAAAAAGAUAUCAGAACAUUUAAAAUCAUCAAAACUAUCCAAUGUCUCACCAACAAUUAUUGGAAUUUAUAUAACCAGAAUGAUAGAGUCAAAUGAAUCAUUCAAUAAAUUUUUAGAUAAUUAUAAAAAUAAAUAUUUUAAAGAUAUAACAGAAUUUGUUUCACCAUACAUCAAAUAUCCAACAAUGCCAACUAAAGAAAAGUUACUAUUUAAAUGUAAUGAUAUCAUUGAAAACAACCCACAACUUUAUAAUCAAACAACACAACAAAUUAACAAAUAUAACUAUGUGGCUAAUGACCAAGAAAUUGAAGAGGAAGAAUUACUUGCAGAUCAACUUUUAUUAAAUGAAAAUAAUCAAUUUAGAAAAGAUAUCAAGCAGUGUAAUUUAACCUCUGUACCAUUGCUACUAUCUUCAAAAGGUUUAGAAAAUUUAGUUUUAUCAGAACCAUUUAAUCAAACUGUACCCUAUCCAAAUAUUUUCUUUGAUAUGGCAGAUUCAUUAACAAAUUGGUUAAAACCAGUUAUACAAGAAUUAUGUUUUUCAAGAUCAAUUGAUCCAAAAAAUGAAUUAACUAAAGAGCAAGUUUUAGAGGCCUUACGUGUAACCAACUCUUUACCCCACGAUGAUUGGGUUCCAUCAAAAAAAUUCAAAAAAUAUUAUAAAAAAUAUGACGAUAAAAAAAUUAAUAAUAAUAACAAUACCAUAGAUUUAUCAAUUUUAUUUGGAAAUUUAGAUAAAAAAUAG